AUGCGCCAUCUUGCGGGCCAGAAGGCGCCUGGUCGCGUCGUCAGCGCCGAGUGCUGGCGCUCCAACGCGGUGCCCCCGCCUGAUCAUCUAGCGGGAACGCGCCGAAGAGCAUGGGGCCAUUUCGUUGAGAAUAUCGGCGAAGAGGACAUUGAGAUGCUCAAAAUCUUCAGGGCCGAUGCGUUGAGGGGCUUUUCGUUCUUCCAGUGGCUCGGCGAGACGCCGAAGAAGCUGAUUGUUGACCACCUGUUUGCCGAUGACGAUGAGAAUGCGAAGAAGUUAUUAGAGAGCAUCUCCGAUCCGGAGAGCGAUCCCAUUAGGAAGGUUGCCUAUGAAAAGGAGGGGAGAGGGUCUGACGGGUUCUAG